GCCAUGACGCGUUCGCGUCUUUAAACCAAUAAAUACACUGAAUUUAGUUGCUAUUGACACUUUUGGGGCAUGAUUGGACAAAACUUUACCCAUCGAAAUCAAGUCAUGAGGUUUAGCACGCCCUCUUUGGCUCUUUGAAAAUGGCUGAGACAAAACGCAACUUCAAAAAGGCAAACGUAAGUGCUCAUUUCUUAUCCAAAACACAUUAACAAUAAAAGCAUGAAAUAUCCCUGAACAAAAAAUGCCCUUUGUCAUGAUGAUUGAUUAAAAAUCAGCAGGCAGAAAAUAUGCGGGUCUGAAGGGGUUUAAAAAAAAACAUGGUACAGUACCAUACGGGAAAUGCUGUUGUGGCUUUUCAAAAUAAAAAGCUAAAAAAACUUUUCAGAGAGUUCAAAGCAACUUUUUUUUUAAUUUGAUAAUUAACGUCUUUUGUAAAAAUAUUUCAAAAUAAGAGUGCUUGUGGUCAACAUUUUUCUUGAUAUUUACAGUUUUUUUUUUUUCCCAUCAUCCCGGCUUUUUUCCAGUUUAAUGGGCACACAUUUGAGUAAAAUUAAUAUUCUAUAAAUAAUUAUCAAUCAAUUUUAAAAUCAAUUAAAAUCCCCCCGAAAAUUAUCCUGUUUUGUCUCUUUUCCAGGAAUAUUGAAAAAUAAAUUUACAGGAAGUCAAGUCAUACCGUUUCAAAAUAAAGUACAUUCAGUAUUUCAAAACAAAAGCAAAAUCUAAUCUUUCACUGCUUCUACUUCCCCAAAAAAAGUAUAGCCAUUAAAAUAAUUGUUAUGUGCUUCUAAUUCACAUUAUUAUAUGCUAUAUUGAUCUUUUAAAAACUCUUAACCCCAUUAAUGGGAUCACGUGUGUGGUCAACUCAGUGGGUGGGACGUUGACGGUCAGUCGGACAGUCGGACAUCAAGUUUAGUGGCGACGACGGAACGCGGAGACAUUCUUGUCAACCCAGCUCGUUGUCGUUUUGGACUCAUCAUGAACGACGACCGUACGAGUGGACCCCGAACUAAGCUCCAAAAUGAACCCGAGUGGACGCAAACGCACCAUCAAAGUGAGAGUGAGCAGUCCGGCGAGGCUCCCUUUUGCUUCGGGGACGACCUGGAGCUAAACCGGUUCGACGGUUUACCUUUCUCGUCACGGUACUACAAGCUACUGUCACAGAGGAGGACUCUGCCAGUGUGGACGCUCCGGCGACGUUUUGACGACGCGUUUGCUCACGCGCAGCUGUUGCUGGUGUGCGCGCACGCCGACGCUGGCAGGAGUACACAGAUCCCUCAGUGGUGUGCAGAGUUGUGCCUUUCCACCAAUUUCCGCCACGGCACGGUGGUUUGCACACAGGCCGGUCGACGACAAGCCGUGGACUUGGCCUUGUGCGCGGCCGACGAAAUGGACGUGAACAUUAGCCACGAGGUGGGCUACAGCAUCGACCGGGAGACGUGCUGCUGUUCCGACACGAUUCUCAGAUACUGUACCGACGACAUCUUACUCAGAGAGAUGAUGUCCGACCCUUUCCUGGAACACUAUGGUGUAAUCAUCAUUGACCAGGCCAACCAGAGGACUGUGAGCACUGACCUCCUUCUGGGCCUCCUGAAGGAGGUCCUGGUGCACAGGCCGGAGCUCCGGGUGGUGGUCCUUACCGCCCCGCCCCUGACAGACAAGCUUCGGAGUAAGUUUAACGGAGCCCCGAUCAUCAACCUGGAGUCGCCUUCGUUGGGUUUUCCAGAGGUAGUGCACAUUGCAGGCGGCAAAGACUACUUCUACUCCGCCCUAAGGCUGGUUUUGGAGAUCCACCGUACUAAGGAGGAUGGAGAUGUCGUCGUGUUUUUGGCAUCGGAAGAGGAGGUGCAAUGCGCCUACAGUAUUCUCCAGAAAGAAGGAACCAGACUUGGCGCACACCUUGGCCAGAUGAUGCCAGUAGUCUUAGGUUCUGACCGGGGAGGACCCUUGGACAAGGAAAACUGCAGGAAAUCCCGUCGAGUUUUUCUCGCAACCCAAGAUGGGGAAGACCCGUGGUGGACAAUGGAGUCUGUCAACUUUGUUGUCGACUGCGGAGUCCAGAAGAAAAUGGUGUACAAUCCGAGAAUAAGAGCUAAUUCUGAGGUGCUGCAGUCUAUCAGUCGGUGCCAAGCUGAACUACGCAGAAGGUUAUGCGGACCAAAAGGUAAAUGUUUCUGUUUAUACGCUGAGGACAGUCAACUUCCUGCACAGAGAUCACCACAGAUCCUGGAGUCUAGCAUCACUGCAACCGUCCUCUUCCUGAAGAGGAUGGAGAUCGGUGGUUUGGGCCAGUGCGAGUUCAUCGACCGACCUGAUCCUGAGGGUCUCAUGCAGGCUCUGGAGGAACUAGAUUACCUUGCCGCUUUGGACGACGCUGGCAACCUCUCAGAGAUCGGCGUCAUCAUGUCUGAAAUCCUUCUGGAGCCUCAGCUAGCUAAAGCGCUGCUAGCCUCCUGCGAGUUCGACUGUGUCAGCGAGAUGCUGACCCUCGCAGCUAUGCUUUCAGCUCCUAACUGCUUCCUGGAGCCUCCGUCCGGAAUGAGCCAUGAGGUCUCGCAGUGUCACAGGAAAUUCCAGCACCAUGAAGGGGACCACUUUACCCUCAUUAACAUCUACAACGCCUUCAGGAGAAGCCAAAAGGAUCAGCAUAAGUGGUGCUGCGACAAUUUCCUGGACCAGUCAGCUCUCAAGACAGCCGAGAGCAUUAGGGCGGAAUUGACCGACACUCUAAAUCGAAUUGAGCUGCCUAUCUCGGAACCGUCGUUCGGGACUAAGCGCAACGCGGCCAAUCUGAAGCGAGCCCUGUUGGCAGGCUUUUUCAUGCAGAUUGCUCGGGACGUGGACGGCUCGGGAAACUACCUGAUACUUUCGCACAAGCACGUCGCACAUGUACAUCCUUUAUCCGGUUAUGGACCGUGCUCAGACAAGCUGGGGCUGCCCGAGUGGGUGCUGUUCCACGAGUAUAAACUGGCGGAAAACAACUGCAUGAGGAUUGUCACUGAGAUUUCCCCGCUAGUUUUCGUUCAAACAACUCCGCUCUACUACUUCUACAACCUGCCCCGGAGUGAGAGCAAGGACAUCUUGCAGUCCAUUCUGGAGCCACAAUGCAACGACACUCAUAAGGACGACAGACACAAAGCUAGCAAUAAUGCAGAUGAUAGCAGCAGCAGCAGUGUACCACCUAAUGAUCGCUGUGCUAUCCAAUGAGGCGGUACUGUCACUUUGGGGACUAUUAAACGUUGCCUAAACAAAGCCGUGAAGAAAUUUUUCUAAUUCUUACUUUGAUCCACAGAUAUCAGGUUAGCUCAGUGGUUCUUAACCUUGCUAAAAGGUACCGAACAGCACAAGUUUCACAGGUGUAUUUGCCGAUCCCUUCGGAAUUUCAUUAUAAAGCCAUUUUAUUACAAAUUCAAAAUCGAGGAAGCUAACAUCUGAGAGAAUUCCUGUUCAAAUUUCUUCCAGAUUUUAAAUUCACUACAAAUAAUUUUGCCUUUUGCUGUUGAUUUUCACUUUGGAAAAUGAAACAUUUCAUUUCACACUUAUUCCUUUUUUGUUUUCAGGUCUACAUUCUCAUUUUAUCGUCGCAUCACAUGCUAUUGCCAUGGCGUAAAAGCAGUGGUGGGUGGUAAUGCGUUACAUGUACUCAGCUACAUUUACUUGAGUCACUUUUUAAGAAAAAUGUACUUUUAAGAGUAGUUUUACUUAGCCAUACUUUUUCCUUGAGUAGAUUUGUGAAGAAAAAACACUACUCUUACUCCGCUACUUUGGGCUACACAAGAGUCAUAACAUUUUCCCUCUUUAUUAUACAUAUUAGAUUUUUUUUUUUUUUUUUUGCUAGUGAUGCUAUUGCUAAGAAUAGCGCUACUAAUUUCACCAAUGAGACGUCGCAACAAUAAUCACAUGACUCCAUUACACCAAUCAGACUCAAGCUUGAUCACGCAAGCCUGUUCAAUCAUGCGUCUUUAAAGCACCCUAACAAAUGAAGCGCUGCCCUCAACAUAAAUCGAAAUCGCGUAUUUAAACAUCUCUCCCAGUUUUUAUUUGGCAACGAUUGACCACGGAAAACCAGAGAUAUGAUCCUUUUAAUUUCAUAACAGUAACUAUAAAGGAACUACAGUAUUCACUACUCAAACUAGGAACUAUUUUCUCCACUAGAGGGGAGGGCACUCAUGCUCUUUGGACGAAUAAUGCUUCAUUACUGUUUUUUUUUCUCUUUAAUGUAAUGAUUUUUAUUUCUUUGGCUUAAAGUGGUUAUGUAAUGGGUUAUUGUACAGUAUCGUAACAGUUCAUAUAGAUAAGUUUGUGCUGAGAGAAAAAAAUACCAUUGUUUAAAAACAAAAAUAAGCAGUUACUCAAAUUCUUACACAUUACUUGAGUAACAUUUCACUCUUUUCACUGGAUACUUGUACUUGAGUAAUUUUUUGUAUUACUACUUGAGUAAUAUUUUGAAGUUACGCUAUUCUUACUUGAGUAAAAUUUUUGGCUACUCUACCCACCUCUGUGUGAAUGUAUCUACUGUACACAAUUCACGUUGUCUACCGUCUGUUAUACUUCCUCAUACCAAGUGCCAGUCAACCUUCCACUGAGCAAACAGAUUUCUCCUGUUAGAGGGCUAGCAGUUGAAAGAAAUUGAAUAAAGCCUGUAAAUCUAGGGCAUACCAGUCCAAAACCUGGUCUAAACUGCCACUUUACCUAGAUUUAGUCAGCAUACAAAAUGGAGCUCUGUGUUUUAACCUUCACCGAACCCUUGAGGCUUACUCACUGAACCCCAAUUAAGAACUACUCGGUUAGCUUCGUUUUCUACAACUGAACUACUAGAAACAAACGGCACGUUUUGAAGGAUUUAAUUUAAUACAGUUCAAGUCCCUAUGGUAGAUUUUCUAUAACCGCAGACAUUCUCACUAGAAAAAAAAUACAAAUCUUUGUAUGUACAAGAUUUUAAAACUGCAUAGCAUGGCAUUGCAGUCAGUCUAGUGUUGUUGUUUUUUUCGUUUUCAUCUGGGAUCGUAAGUGCUCGAUUUUUGAUUUUUUUUAACUAAUUCUCUGCCAUUAACAGUGAUGGAUCAAUAGCACUGAAACAAUCAUUUAAAUUGAUUGGAUAUCCACAGGUGGGUAGUCACGAGUUACAUUUACUCCAUUGCAUUUACUUGAGUGACUUUUUGGGAGAAAAUUUACUUCUAAGAGUAGUUCUACUAAGCCAUAAUUUUUACUUUAGAUUUGUGAGAAACGCUACUCAUACUCUGCUACUUUGAGCUACGCAAGUAUUUUUACAUUUUUCUUCUUUAAUAUACAUGUUAAUUUUACUUUUUUUUGCCAGCAAUGCCAACUGUAGCUCUACCAGUUUCACCAAUGAGACAUCGCAACAAUAAUCACGACUCCUUUAUACAAAUCAGGCUCAAGCUUGCCAUUCUAUAAUCAUACCCGCCAGUUCUAUCAUGUGGCGCAUGUGGAGUCUUAAAACAACUGUUAUAAAAUAGGUAUUUGACAUAGAACGCUGCCCCAAACAUAACUUGAAAGCAUGGAUUUUAAACUCCUAGCUUAUAUUUGGCACCAAUUGACCACAGAAAACCAGAGAUACGAUCCUUUUAAUUUCAUAAGGGGAACUACAGGUAUUCACUAUUCAAAUAUUAAAACUAGUAACUAUUUUCUCCACCAGAGGGGACUUGUGCUCUUUGGAUGAAUGAUGCUUCAAUUCUGUAAUUUUUUUAAUUCAUUUUUUGUAUUUCUUUGGCUUAUUGUGUUUAUGGGUUGUUGUACAGUAUAAUAAGUUGAUACAGUAUAUAUAUGUAUAUAGAAAUACCAUUGUUUAAAAAAAACAAACAAACAAACAAACAUCAUAGGCAAUUACAAUGUUCUUUUCACCAAUUCCUUGUUUAGUUG